UAUGUUUUCACAUGAUUGAGUGAGUUUUGUGAGUGGGUGUUCUAUGAUUGCUAUUUCAGUGUACCUAGGAAAUACGUGCGUGCGUGCAACAAUUCUGACAACGGAGACGCAUGUGGAAUACUUGACAGUGGUAUAAUCUAAUAAUGGCACUAACAUUACUACAGAAAAGACACAGAGUCCAUCCAGAACUCAUAUACAAACUGGUCAUGAGGGUACAGGGAUUGGAAAAACUUGACUCCGAGGUGGGAUUUUCCAAGAAGGAACUCAUUAAGGAUAUGGAUGCAGGCAAGAUCACGGAGAAAUGGAAAUUAAUUUGUGAGGUGCCAAUGGAGGAUAUCAUAUCGAUGUCGCACAAGGAAGUCAAUCUGGAGAAUAUGCAACUAAUUUUGAGUACUGCAGUAAUACUUGCGAAUGAGCUUGGUCAACCGAAAGGCGACUCAAUUAAAAAAGUGGCACAAGCAACAGCUGACCAGACUAGUGUGGAGGCUGGAGGGACAGGCUCAAAGACUACUGACUCACAAGAUACGAAAGCCUGGUGGAUAGUGAGAUGUCCGAGAUGGCAAAUCUAAAAAGAAAAUUAGAAUCCAUGGAGAAGGAGAAAGUGGAUGACCUAGUAAAGAAGGUACGAAGAUUAGCCUUGUCCAAGGAUGCGAAAAAAGCUGACCUUUUACUCGCGUUAGAAGAACUAGCAGAUGCUGCGAAAUCUGUAGAUCAUAAAGAGAAAGAGACAUACACUGAAAUAAGUAACAUGGCCACUAAAUUUUCUGAAUCCUUAGAUGUUGCCAAUUUUGUAAUAACAAGUUUUUCAUCUUCAGGAGAUAAGAUUAUGAAAAGCCUUUCAAAGUGCCUACAAAUAACUCAAAAAAAUGCAAAGAGUGAGAAAUCAUAUAAUGAGAAUAACCAAAACAACCAGCCUUCUUUCAUGCCAUACAUGGUUCCCUUUCAGAAUUCGAGAAAUCAAGGUUUUGGGUUUCAAUUCAAUCAAAACCGAGGCUUUAGGGGAGCAACACGAUUCUUUGGAAGGGGGAGGGGAAGAGGUUUCCAAGGGAGGUGCCAUUUCUGCGAAAGGCCUGGUCACAUGUUUAAAGAUUGUGCGAUUAUGAAAGAUCUCAAGGAUAAAUCGAUCAAAAAUGAAUAA